AAAUUUAUCAGAGUUCCUUGAAAAAUUAUUCUCGACUUCAACAAAAAGUAAUUUUACAUUACGAAAUCCUCAUAAUGAAGGAAUGGAUGAAUUAGGAUUUGUGAAUUUAACACAAAAAUUGUGUCGGUUGGAUACAAAGGUUCAUUUAUUAUCUCAACAUUGUGAAAACCUUCUUAUGCGUUACAAUCCCUUUACAACUCUUUGCCAAAAAGUGAUGAUUCAAUCUAAAAGAACGAAUAUUCAAGUGUAUAUAAAUCAAGCGAUGCGCUUCUUAGACAAGAUCAUUCAUUUUUCAAAGCCUGUAUUCGAUAACGAAAAACAAGAUGACGUUGCGCAGAAUAGUUCCAAGGUAAAUUAUGAUGAUGUAACCGAUGAUGUGAUUAGAUCGAACUUAAUUGAAGUGUUUAUUGGUGGAACCGAUACGGCAGAAAGUUCAUUGAGUUUCAUCAUGUAUUACUUGUGUAAGUAUCCCUAUGUGAAAAAACGACUAUUUGAUGAAAUCGAAGUGAUUUUCUCAUCAAACACCUUGCGUGAUGUCAUUUUCGAAGAUAUUGAAAAAUUCGAAUACGCUGAAGCCAUAAUUAAAGAAGUAAGUAGAAUGACACCAGCAACCUCUGUAAUUUUCCGUAGUAAUGUGUCAGAAGACGAUGUAGGUGGUUAUAAUUUGGUGAUUAACUUAAAGUGCACCAGUAAACGUGAUAACGCUGUCGCUGAUUUUAAAAAAGGUGGAAAAAAUAAGGUCGCAAGUUACGUUCUUUUUACGGAUAUAGGCGAUAAAUUUCGAAUUAUUGGACAAUUUAAUGAAGGCUUCAAAAGUAAAAACGUUGAUGAUUAUGAAUUGAUUUUAGAAGAUGCCAAAAGUGACCUUGAAUUAGAUCUUACUGAUAUCUUUAGAGAUCAAGUAAGAGGUAAAAUCAAUCCUCCUAAUACUCAACCUUUUCAAAAAGAUAUAGAUAUGAUCAAUUGA